AAUGCAUCUAGGAUAUAUGUGGUUCAUAGUGAUAUUUCUCCAAAGACUUAUAUUUACGAACGGAGGGAGUACAUCUUAAGCCACGCCUUAGCAACUCCUAUUCACUCCUCCCGCAGAUGAAUCCGAAUAUUCCUCUCAUGGUUCGGAUGCCUACGCUCUUUCCCCUUGCUGUAGCUGUCCUAGAUCCCUUCUCUCCCCAUCGGUCCAUCUCCAUCGCUCUCCCCUUCUACCUCGCCGGCCAGCCUUCUCCUUGGAUCUCGUCGCGGCACGGCAACGGCAACGUCAACGACAAUGGUGGUCUCGUACACGCAGGAGCACGUGUACCUCCACCCCUGGCACCGGGUCACCGCGGCGGCGUGGCGCAAGUUCACCGACCCGGCGGCGCUCCCCCACAUCCUGGACGUGCAGACGCUGUCCCGGGACGUCGACCCGCGCGCCGGCCGCCUCCACGCCGUGCGCGCCAUCGCGGGCCGGCCCCCGCCGCUCCCGCUCCUCCUCCGCGGCCUCGCGGCCACCGCCGGCGCCGGCGACGUGGUGCUCUGCGUGGAGCGCACGUCCGUGGACGCGGCCGCGCGCGCCAUGCGGGUGGUCUCCCGCAACGCCACCUUCCGGCGGCUGGUGGACGUGGAGGAGCGGUGCAGCUACGCGCCCCACCCGGAGCGGCCGGACGAGUGGACGGUGUUCACGCAGGAGACGAGCAUCCGGUGCGCGCCGCUGGCGGCCGUGUCGGCCACGGUGGCCGGGAUGGUGGAGCGGCGGUGCGCGGAGAGCUUCGCGCAGAACGCCGCCAGGGGGAAGGAGGCCGUCGAGAGGAUCUGCGACGGCCUCGCGCUCGCGGAGCACGUGCCAGGGCCCUACCCGGCCGACGGAGAAGAACGGUAGUGGUAACAGAGCAUGCUCGCUCUCUGUUACUGAUGUGUAAAUACUGGCUGCCAGGCAAUAAGAAGUGAAAUUCUGCAAAUUCGCAACGUCCAUUGAUGAAAUUGCUGGACCUGUCAUGUUCUUGGCAGCUUCCACCGUGAUGUUGAGUUCGGAUUCGGUGGCAAGAGCUGCGCCAAGCAGCAGCAGGGGUCAAAUCGUCGUCACAGGUGUUCUUUCCGAGAGGAUAAAAACUUCAGUGCUCACAAGGUAGCAGUGGCCGUGAGUUUGCGAUGACUGGGAGGAGAAACUAGAGGUUUCUUCUAGUGCGCCGCGUGUUGC